AUGCUUGCGCUCUCCUCUAUCAUCUUGAUUGUUUUCACACUCUUGUUGAAUAUCACUAGGGCAGCUCCAAUUGACCAAGGCGGACACCUUCAGGUGUAUUCCAACAACAUCAGAUUUGCUACGACGACCCCCGGUGCUGCCGAAAAGCCUUGGUCUGAUCGUAAGUACGAUGUCGUUCAGAGUAUCAAGUUCUUUGCCUCCAGGGGAAAUACCGUGGUGGGCUUACAGGAGGUGCUGAAGAGCCAAUUGGAUGACAUCCUGGAGUUACUGGGUGGUGACUGGGCGUACUAUGGUGUUGGUCGUGAUGGGGGUGAAAGCGGUGAAUAUUCCCCUGUCUUGUACGAUACCACUCAGUUCACAUUGCUUGAUUCCAAGACCUUGUGGCUCAGUGAGACGCCAGACGUUCCUUCCAAGGGAUGGGAUGCAGCUCUACCAAGAAUUGCAACGUUGACACAACUCAAGACUAAGAGUGGAGGCUACACUUUCAACUUUUACAACACGCAUUUGGAUCACUUGGGAGUCGUUGCACGUGAGAAGUCCAUGGCCCUGAUUGCCGGCCUCGAAUGGCAUGACGGUCCAAUCCUCUUGUCUGGUGACUUUAACUCACCUCCAACAGAGGAUGCGUACAAGGAGAUUUCCAAGUACUACAGUGAUACCCGUUUAGUCAGCAAGAUCAAGUACGGUUUCACUGGCACAUAUACUGGCUUUCAAGAUGAAGCUGAUGUGAUUAUCGACUUCAUAUUCGUCAAGGGCCUGGACUCUGACUACUAUGGAGUGCUUCCAAACGGCUUUGAAGAACUCAAGUUCAGUGACCACAGACCUGUCGUUGCUGGGUUCAAAUUGUAG